ACCAGACACAAAUCAAACAGUUCUUUCCCAAGGAAGGGUAAGUGUGGUUAGUCACAUACCACCAGACACAAAUCAAACAGUUCUUUCCCAAGGAAGGGUAAGUGUGGUUAGUCACAUACCACCAGACACAAAUCAAACAGUUCUUUCCCAAGGAAGGGUAAGUGUGGUUAGUCACAUACCACCAGACAGAAAUGAAACAGUUCUUUCCCAAGGAAGGGUAAGUGUGGUUAGUCACAUACCACCAGACAGAAAUGAAACAGUUCUUUCCCAAGGAAGGGUAAGUGUGGUUAGUCACAUACCACCAGACAGAAAUGAAACAGUUCUUUCCCAAGGAAGGGUAAGUGUGGUUAGUCACAUACCACCAGACAGAAAUGAAACAGUUCUUUCCCAAGGAAGGGUAAGUGUGGUUAGUCACAUACCACCAGACAGAAAUGAAACAGUUCUUUCCCAAGGAAGGGUAAGUGUGGUUAGUCACAUACCACCAGACAGAAAUGAAACAGUUCUUUCCCAAGGAAGGGUAAGUGUGGUUAGUCACAUACCACCAGACACAAAUGAAACAGUUCUUUCCCAAGGAAGGGUAAGUGUGGUUAGUCACAUACCACCAGACAGAAAUGAAACAGUUCUUUCCCAAGGAAGGGUAAGUGUGGUUAGUCACAUACCACCAGACAGAAAUGAAACAGUUCUUUCCCAAGGAAGGGUAAGUGUGGUUAGUCACAUACCACCAGACAGAAAUGAAACAGUUCUUUCCCAAGGAAGGGUAAGUGUGGUUAGUCACAUACCACCAGACAGAAAUGAAACAGUUCUUUCCCAAGGAAGGAUGGGUUGAAGAAGAUCCGUUUGAGAUUCUGAGCUCCGUGGAAACCUGCAUUGAGAAAGCUGUGGACAACCUGAAAGCUCUUAACAUUCCACACAGCGACAUCAAGUGCAUCGGGAUUACAAAUCAGAGGGAGACAACUCUGGUGUGGGACAAAGUAACGGGGAAACCACUGUAUAAUGCAAUUGUUUGGCUGGAUGCUAGGACUGGUGCGACUGUUAAAGAACUGAUUGCGAAAAGUUCACAGAAAAACAAAGAUUCUCUUCGUCCUCUGUGUGGUCUUCCUAUAGCGACGUACUUCAGCGCUGUCAAGCUGUACUGGCUGCUGUCUAACUGCAAGGAAGUCCAGCAAGCCGUCAAGAAUGGAACGUGUCUGUUCGGUACGGUCGACUCGUGGCUCCUCUGGAACUGGACAGGUGGAGUAAAAGGUGGCAAGCAUUUCACGGACGUGACGAACGCCAGCCGAACCAUGUUGAUGAAUUUACACACGUUACAGUGGGACAAUGACCUGUGCAAAUUUUUUGAUAUUCCCAAAGACAUUCUUCCAGAAAUCCACAGUUGUUCUGAAAUCUAUGGCCACAUGGUUGAUGGACCACUUCGGGGGCUUCCAAUAUCUGGGAUUCUGGGAGAUCAGCAAUCUGCUCUUGUAGGACAGACGUGUUUUCAACGAGGUCAAGCGAAAAAUACGUAUGGGACUGGCUGUUUUCUCUUGUACAAUACAGGACCAUCGCCUAUUGAUUCGAAAACCGGUCUGCUGACAACGGUUGCGUAUAAACUGGGUAAAAACAAACCUGCUGUCUAUGCAUUGGAGGGAUCAGUUGCUAUUGCUGGAGCCUGUGUUAGAUGGCUGCGUGAUAAUCUUGGAAUAAUCAAAAGUACCGAAGAAGUUGAGGAGCUGGCCUCCCAGGUUGACUCAACAUGCGGUUGUUACUUUGUGCCGGCUUUCACAGGAUUGUUUUGUCCAUACUGGCAGUCAGACGCAAGGGGAACAAUGUGUGGUAUUUCUCAAGUAACGACAAAACAGCACAUCGCUCGAGCUUCUUUAGAGGCUGUCUGCUUCCAAACCAGAGAGAUACUGGAGGCAAUGAAUAAAGACAGCGGUAUCCCCAUGACCUCACUGCAGGUGGACGGCGGAAUGACGAAGAACAAUCUUCUCAUGCAGAUACAAGCUGAUCUCCUGGGUAUCAAAGUGGUGCGCCCAUCUAUGCCGGAGACGACGGCCCUGGGAGUGGCGAUGGCAGCAGGUAAUGCUGAGGGCGUCGGUGUGUGGAGUCUCGACCCCAAGGACCUGACCGCCAUUACCACUGACCACUUCGAACCGGCAAUCACAGAAAAAGACCGAGACUGGAGGUUUGGCUACUGGAAGAUGGCGGUGGAGCGGUCGAUGCACUGGGAGAGAGACGAGAGUCUUCGUGGUCGGGAUCUUGGGUUCUGGUCCACCUUAUCUGGCGGGCUGUAUUUCUGGAUCAGCUUUGGGAUGGUCGUCGUCGCACAAAUCCUCAAAGACAGAUGACCAUACAGGGUUAAAUAGGCAGCACUUAAUCAGAACUUUGAUGUAUUGUGAUAUAUAUACGUAUUCUACAUGUUAUAUAUAUAUAUAUUAUAUGCUAUACCUGUUAUAUACAUAUUAUAUGAUAUACAUGGUAUACAAUUGUCGCUGGAUAUAGACAGCCAUCAUUUUACAUGACAUGUUUGGACGCUAGAUGCAUUAGUUAGUUAGGAGAUAGUUGUUAGCAGGAGAUAAUGUUUCUGAAACAUUGAGUCUGACUCAAAGAAUUAUUCUAGAGUAAUUAAUAAUAUUCUAGAGUAAUUAAUUUAAAGUGACAGAUCCUAGUUUUUACACACUAGAAUGUAUUUGUUUUACUAUUGAAGCCUUUUUUUAUAAUUUAAAUUAGAAGUAAUUACAUUUUGUAAUUUAGAAUAUUAAUUUCCGUACACCUGAAGUGGUUCUUGUCAUCCAUGUUUUUGCAAUAACCCAAAAUGUGUUUUUGAUAAUUCCAAAAAUGCACGUUCGUGUGAGAAGCUCUAGUUUAUUUACAUAGUAUUUCCACAUUUGAACAUCACAGACUUUAGGUUCUCUCUUUAGUUAUAACUAUAUGCAAAUGUGUGUUGCAGGUUUGUAAAUUAACUAAACUUAGUGUCCAUUUUUACAGGCUGAAACUAGGGAUUGUGCCUUUAAUUGAAUGAUUGGAGAUCUGGCCCCUUGCUUAUAAAACUUGUAAACGUCUAGACUCUGGUAUUUAAUACACUGACGUAGCCAGAAAGGAGGUCUGUAUGGCUAUGAUAUAAAGUAUCAAGACAUGUUGCAAUUCGCUAUGCAAAUUUCAAAGAUUGCUACACAAUUUUAAAACAUUAAACAUUAGUUGCUAAUCAAUGUUCAAUUGACUGAAAAGAUCAUUAAUCAUGAUUUUGAAAACAAAAUGUUCCCUGGUAUCAUUGGUAGUGGGUGAGGGUGGGGACAUUGCCUCAUGGUCCCCCACUCUGGCUAAGUCAGUAUAUUAGUGUAUUUAGUAAUCAUGAGAAUUAAUUAUGUUACAUAACAGCAGAUAACAGACUUUCGAUUCCAUAAUGUUACCAGUAUGCUAUCAGAAACAAUAAUUUCUGUGAAAUCUGGAGCCAUGUGUUGCCCUGAUGUUAAAAGAACAGAAUGAAACACACUUAUGUGUUAUUUUAGAGGUUAAAAUUAUACCAUGGGACAUGGGCAGGACGUAGCCCAUUUGUAAAUCACCCGCCAAAUACAUGGUCAGAGUUGGAUCGAUCUCCGUUGGUGAACCCAUUGGGCUAUUGCUAGUUCCAGCCACACUGCACCAUGACUGGUUUAUCAAAGGCUGUGGUAUGUGUUAUCCUGUCUGUGAGAUGGUGCAUAUAAAAGAUCC